CUCUGCGCUGUCAUCACGCACUUAUUUUUAGCUCCUCCUAUUAUCACAGUUUGUUUUGGUCUUCACUUUCACUAACCUAUCUUGGAUGUCGCUUAGUUAAAAACAAAAUUCUACGUUUACUACGGGCAGAAAUUAAGCAAUGGAUAAAUCGGUAGAUCUGCAGCACUACUAUCUGGAGCUGUCUCCGGAGCCGGUGCGUUUUGAUGCCGUCAGUCAAUUAACGAACGUAUUUUUCGACGAUGCAAAACAGCAGGUAUUUGCCGUCCGCUCGGGCGGGGCAACCGGAAUCGUGGUGAAAAGCGCAACCGAUGGCCAGAACAUAUCGUUCUGCAUGGAGGAUCGUGGCACGAUUCGGUCGAUCAAGUUCUCCGCUGACAAUCAGGUGCUGGCCGUGCAGCGGAAUGACACAUCGGUUGAGUUCGUUCCGUUUAAUGCUAACAACCAGCCAAACGUGCCGGAAAUGUUGACCCACCAGGGAAAGAACAUCAUCUACGGAUUUGUGUGGGUACAGGAGCGACAGGUGGCACUGAUUUCUAAAGCUGGAGUGGAAAUAUUUCAGCUGAAUUUCGAGAAGCGAACUUUGAAAUCUGUUAAAUCACUAAACAUUACCGUCAAUUGGUUUAGUUUCUGUCCCACCUCUAACUUUGCUUUGUUAUCUUCGAACAUGGGAACGAUACUAACACCAGUAAUCUUGAAGGCUUCUACGAUCACGAAGCUUCCGCGACUGGAGUUGGGAACGAGCCAGGGUUGCUCUGGCCGAGAUGUUACACUAGCUCAGUUAUAUGGAACAAACGCAAUCAUGAUUCUGAGACAACUGCAAAAUCGUCAGUUCGAGGUGGUCAUUUAUCUGCUCAACGGACCUGGUUUAGCUCCGAAAAAGUCUCACAUCCUGCGAUUAGGACAGAGUGGACGCUUUGCGAUGAACAUCGUCGACGAUGUGGUAGUGGUUCACCAUCAAGCCUCGGCGACAUCCAUGCUGUUCGACAUUGCCCUAGGUGGAGCAGAAACAGAAGUCGGCUCCGGCGCCGUCAUUCACCAACCCAUCAUUCCUGCUAAGACUAUCAAACCAUACACACUGGAGGUGCCGAGCAUGUCGUUGGACGGGAAAACUAUCAAUUGUGAUCUUUAUUCCCAGCAUUGGGUCUUGUUUCAACCGAACAUUGUCAUUGACGCCAAACUUGGCUGUCUAUGGCACGUACUGCUUAAACUCAACUCACUUUGUGCCCUGAUAACCGACCGUUUUCGUCUGGUGGAGUUCCUGUUGCAAAGAACAGAGGGAAAACCAGUUCUAUUGAACGUCUUGAAAGAGAUGAUGAGUGUUAACUAUAGCGGAACUAUGCUACCGGUGAUUGAGAGUAUCUUCAACAAACUUAACUGUCUCUAUAAAAGUGUUCUGGAUAACGAACUUCAAAGUCAGAUGGCUUUGAUGGCUCUUUCUACCAAAUCACAAUCGUCGAAAUUAUCACCAGUGCCGCGAGUUAUUGUCGAUCAGUCCGAUGCGUACACUGGAGUUUUUUCAUCGAUUACCGACACCGAACAGCUAGGAAAGAUUCUUCUGCUGUAUCUGCAUUCCUUGGCCCGGAAUGGUAUAACCGCUAAUCCCGAGCUCAGCAAGCAAAUCGUCAUCGAUCUUGUCCGUAACAAACAGUUCGACACCCUGCACCAGCUUCUCAAAUAUUCCGCCUUAAAUGAAUCUAAACCGUUGGCUUGUUUUCUACUUUCUCUGUCCAACUCCGACCCAUCUAUCUCGCAGAUGGCACUCGAUAUGCUGGCCAGACUGAACGCUAACGAAAUCAUUCUGGAAGUGCUGCUCGAGAAAGGCCAAGUGGUGGAAGCACUUCGAAUCGCCAAACAGAUGCCCGGAGCGGAUUCGCUCCCGGCCCGAAAGUAUCUGGAGGCGGCCUACAAAACCAAGGACCCACUAGUCUUUCACUCGGUCUAUAAUUUUUUCCAAGCCAAGAACGUGAGAUUACGUGGAUCGCCUGACUUUUUGAAACAUGAACAAUGUACUGAAUAUGUGCAGUAUUAUCAGACAUUGAUUAGCACACAGUGCCUGUAGUAUUAAAAUUGAAUUUGUU